AUGGGGCUGCUUGAUCAAGCCAACAGCACUAUCAUCCAGGAAGAGCAUAACUUGGAUAAACAACUGCCGUUCAGCUGGCAUGCAAAGGGCUUUGCCACCCCUAGCCAGGGGCUUGAAGGAUCCAGUAAUGUUAUGAUGGACAGUACCAAGAUCCUGGGAGUCCAGAUCAUAUUGAUAGCUGCCUACUCCCUAAUCAUUCUUCUGGGAUUCAUUGGCAACUCCUUAGUAGUCUACAUGAUUGUGAGAUACAGAACCAUGAGGACUGUAACCAACUUCUUCAUAGCUAACCUGGCUCUGGCAGACUUGAUGGUGGACACGCUCUGCUUGCCCUUCACCUUGGCCUACACUCUGUUGGAUGAGUGGAAGUUCGGGGCUGUGCUUUGUCACCUGGUCUCCUACGCUCAAGCUUUAAGUGUCCAUGUGUCUACUCUCACCUUAACCGUGAUUGCUCUGGACAGGUACAGAUGCAUUGUUUUCCAUUUGGAUAGCAGGAUAUCCAAGAAGGUCAGCUUCACCAUCAUUGCUUUCACGUGGCUGGUUGCCGCCGUCCUAGCCAGUCCACUGGCCAUCUUCCGAGAGUACAGGUACGAAGAAAUCCCAUCCAUCAAUCUCAGAAUUGCCGUCUGCUCUGAGAAAUGGCCUUCUGAAAGCAGGGACGCCACCAUAUACAGCUUAUCCAUGCUCCUCUUGCAAUAUGUCCUCCCUCUUUCCAUCAUCUGCUAUGCCUACAUCAGAAUAUGGUUCAAGCUGAAAAGCCACAUCAGUCCCACUGCUAGGAGUGACAGCCACUGCCGGAGGAGAAAGACCACAAAGAUGCUGGUCAUGGUAGUAGUGGUGUUUGCAGUCUCUUGGCUCCCCUUCCAUGUUUUCCAACUUGCCGUUGACCUUGACCUUGUGCUCAUCUUCCAUGACUAUAAACUUCUUUACAGCGUGUUCCACGUGGUGGCCAUGUGCUCCACUUUUGCUAAUCCUCUGCUCUAUGGCUGGAUGAACAAGAACUACCGCAAUGGAUUCCUCAUGUUCUUCCGUUGCCAGAGCAAGCCGGAGAGGCUCUAUACGGAGGGCUCGGUCAGAGGGCGGUCUUACACUUUCCGAGCCACCACCUUGAAUGACAGCAUCAAGCACUCGACACUCAAUGGGCAGCUGCCCACACCAGUUUAG